AUGAUCAAUACCAGCGAUUAUUCUGAAAAUAGCCAAAUUUCUCUCAACCACCCUCAUGACAACGAGGGUACACAAGUGAUAACAUCUCUCUCUUCCUUUCAUUCUCCUCCUACAUCACCAUCGAGUUUCGUUCCUUCUUUAACAUGUACCCAUAAUGAACGCCUCACGAUAGGCGGCUACAACGAUCAGCAUAGCUCCAAAGAAUUGAUUUCAGCCUUUUCUCUCUCAGCAACGAGCCACAAAUCUCUAACACCAUCCAAGACCAUUCCUUCAAAUGACAAAUUUGUCACUAUUGAAAAUGUCAGUCUUGAUGGCGAGCAACAGAUUCAAGAAAAGAAAGGUGUCACAAGUCCAGAAUUUUUCGGUGGCUUCUCCCAUAUCGAAAAUGCUAUCAAACAAGGUAUGAAUGUCAAAACAUCAGCGACACAUGCCUCCCAUGGAUCCGUUGCUCAACAUUCCACAAAAACUACCCUCUCUAAAAGCAUUAGUGGUGGUGACGGUUCCAUUCACAUCAAGACAUGUUUUGGCGUGUUACAACUGAGUGGAAUGAAAAUGCUCAGCCUCACUUCCAUGACCCUAAAUCUCAUUGCAUUCAUCAUACUAGCACUGAUCAUUACAUUUUCUUUUGUUGGACAAAUUAUGUUUGCUCACAAAUUUGAUGGCUUCGAUGUUUCGAGUGCCUAUUAUCGAGAAGGAAUGAUUGGUGCAUGUCGAAGUGCUGUCUUUUCGAAUUUUACUCAAGACAUUUCCAUGCGAUACAUUGUAAAAUAUGAAAACUUUUCCAAAUUGUUCUUGGCCAAUAUGGAUGAUAUGGUUACAGGUUUACCUACUUUUAUGCGAACGACUUUUACCUCUCGUAACAUGACGGUCAAUGAUUUGAAAACGUUUAAGGCGAUUGCAGUUGAACAGCAAGUCAUUUCCAUGUUGAAAGAGGGAAAUUUUUCGAGAGCCAUGCAAAUACUAGACUCGCCAUCCUAUCGAAGCAACAUGGAGGCUUAUUCUGAAGAAUUUCAACCACUCACAGAUUACCUGUUGGGUCUUCAGACAUUUGCAAGAAAUUUCAAUACCAUCAUGACCACAGCGUGUUUGGUGACCAUUGUUGUCUCGUUUGUGGUGGUGGCUCCCACAGUAGUGGCAUCAAUUUUCGUUUCUUUGAAACGCGAUACCUCCAAUUCCAAAAAGUUGAAGCAAGUGAAGGCAUUAUUGCUUCAAGAUACGAUGCACGACAACAAAUUGAAAAAUCUAUUUAAGGAACACUGUAAGAAAGAGAUGAGUUUGGAAAAUUUUUCCUUGCUGGAUAAGAUCAAUGAUUACAAGACACUUUGUGAAAAAAGUUUUGACAUUCAAGUGUAUUUGUAUGACAGUAGUGAAACUUCAAGUAUUUCUGAUGUAACCUCAGAGGCUGGCUCUGCAAUGAAUGGUUCUGAUUUGAACAACAAGAAGAAAAAGAAGAAGGGCUAUACUGAAAAGGAUUUACGAGAAAUUGAAAAGAAAAAGUUUGAACUUGCAUUCGAAAUUCACACUGACUAUUUGGACGUGCAUGGAGAUAAAUCCGUGAAUAUUAGCAAACAUUUUGCUGAGGGUGUGAAACAACAAUUGGACUUCUUUGCCACCACUCAAAAUGAACAAUUACCUGAAGAUUUAUUUUACACUGUGGAAAAUGAAAUUUGUAUUGUCAUGAUGGACACACACAUGCGAUUCAAAGCAUCUCUGGAGAAUCAAAAACAAUCCAAAAAAGAGAGUCUAAAGAAAAAGAUUUUGAACAAGUGA